AUGUCGCACAAGGGGGUGCGCGGCCCUGCGGUUCCCCGAGCGGCCGCCAGGGGGCGGUGGGUCAGAGUCGGGCCCUGCCGGACGCGGCAACCCCCCCCCCUUCGUUUCCCGGCGGCAGCCGCGCGGCGACCGGCGGCGCCGAGGCCCGAGCACGGCGGGGACGCGGGCGCGCCGCCCCUCCUUUGUGUCCCCCCGGCCCCCCCCCCCAACCCGGCCCAGAGGGGCGGGGGCUCCGCGACUGCGGUGCCCGUCGCACGCGGCCCGAGGCCUAAGCCGGGAACAAUCGGCGGCGGCGCGCAGUCGCCGCCAUGUCCCCCGCCCUCACCCCCGCGCAGCCCGCCCCGCAGGAACAUGGCGGCGCAGCCGCCGCUCCCGCCGAGCCGGGCCGGCCCUCCCGCGCCGCGCUCGCUGCCAGCGGGCGGGCGAAAGCGGCUCCACGCCGCCACCGAGGCCAGCCCGGGCCUGCUCCGCGGGCCACGGCCCGGGAAGUUGCGAGCCCCACCCGGGGACUGCCCACGCGGGUUAACAAAGCCCACGCGGAGUGGGGGUGGCGCCCAGGCCGCGCCGCGCCGAGCUCCCGCGCCCUCCGCCCACCCUCACGCGCACAAAGUUUGGGGGCCCGCGAGCUCCCGCCCACGCCACGCCGCCCGCCAGCGCGCAGGUACCUCGUGGGCGCGCCCCCUCCCGGCCCGCGGCCUGCCCCAUGUGCCGCUGCCGCCGCCGCUUUGUUCUGGAGGCGCUUUAACUCUCGCCCCCGGGAGAAACUUUCCCUUCCCGGGGACCCCGCGCCCCGCGUGCACCCCGAGGCCUGGAGGGGGCGCGGGCCUCGCGCGUCCCCUCCCUGAGGGGCCAUUGUGUGCGCCGCGCGCCCACCCGCCCGCCAGGGCCGGCCCAGGCAGGGUCCGCGCGGGUCCCGGGCGCGGCCGCCGCGCGCACGCCGCCCCCUCCCACCCUCCCUUCCCCGGCCCUGCCCUGCCCCUCCGCCAGCCCGCGAGCGAGGGGGCAGCGAGUCGCGGCUGCCACACGCCGGGGCGGCCAACGGCCCGAGACCCGCCCCGGCCCCCGGCCACGCCGCCGCCGCCACGCUGCCCCGGGCCAUUCCGCCCCACCCGCCCGCCCUCCCUCCGGACUGGGGCCGCACACAACAGGUUUCACUCACUCGGCGGAGGGGCGGGCAGACUCACCAGGAGGAGUAGCCGCCACCAUCUUCGCCUCGCCCGCCGCGGGCUCUCGCUCCCGCCUCCCCACCCGCCUCCGCUUUACUACGACCGGAGGCCCCAGGCCGGGGGUGCGGCCGGCCGGCCGGCCCGCCCCGCGAAGGGGCUUCGCGAGGAGCGCGAGCCGUGGCUACGCGGCGGGGGUCGUCCCCACCCCCUCGGCCUCGCCCGAGGGCGCGAAGUGGCGCGAAGGCGCAGGUCGGGCGGCGACGGCAGCACCUCGAAGGGCCAUGUGGGUGAAUGA